CAUUUGGCAGAUCGUGCCUUCCUCGCGAUCGCGUGACUUUUAUUAGAUUUUAACGACACUCAUAUAUUUGUAAAUAUGUAAAAUGUUCGUUACGAAGCAAAAUUAUCAUUUGGUUUCAUUUGUGCACUAUUUAUAUACAUAAGUAAAAUAUAAUUUUAUUUUCUCGCGUUCAUUCGAUAUAAACAAAUUUAAAAUAUGGCGACCUCCAUGAUUUGACAUGAAUUAUAAAAAAAUAAAUUCACCACAGCGAGCUAAGGUUGGCAACGCUGAUAGAAUGCCUGAUUAAAAAGAAAAAAAGAGGAGAAUGUCAUCUCACGAAAAGCGUCAAGAGAGUGUAAAUGAAAAACAGACGGAGAUUCCGAGCGUAUUUUAAAAACAAAACUAGUCCGCCAAAACAAAGAUUAUUAUUUAAAAGAUAGUGCCUCGACUUCGACGAAAAAAGUGGAUAUAUAAAAGCUAAAAUGUCUGAUACAGACACUAUAACACGCUGUAAUUGUUGUAAUGAAGUCAUGGACGAGCUGCUAACAAUGCGGCAAUGCUUUGAGAAGUUAUUUCAUCGAUUAAGAAAAGAAAUAGUAGGCCUUAGACGUGAGGUUAUCGAAGCUUUGGAAAGCAAAUGGGAGCCAAAAGUAAUUCCAUCUUCUUCGGAAUCAUCAAAAGUGGUAAAACCUUCCUCUGAUCGACAAGCUACAGAUGGUCACGAGACGAUACAUGAGAUUGAGUUAAACAAUAGUGGCACAGAUAAUGAAAGCGUAAAAUCAAAGAAAGUUAAAAAAUCAGGUACUUCCAAGCCAGAAACUAAUCAAUGCCAAAAGGAAAGUGUAGGGCCGAAUGUGUCAUAUAGUGUGGCCAACCCACGACCAGUUUUAGAUUUUUUCAGCAUACAAGCGCGAGUUCUGCCCACACAACCAUUUAGAGAAGCGCAGCAAUUUGAAGAUUGGAAUAUACUUCUGCGAAACGAUGAGGAUCAGCGUGAUCAAUUGCGCGUGGAGCUAAUGCAAGGAAGCUGCAAAGAACCAGAAAAGUAUAUCCUUCAAACAUGGCGUAAUAUUUUUCACAAUGAUGCUGCUCACCAUUAUUCAUACAGGGGAACUGGACGGGACAAACGUGCAAUAAAGGAUUAUAUAUUUACGGACAUUUUUAAAGAGAUCUUCCUACAACGCUUUUAUCACAUGGAUACAGAAUUUUUCAUAGACCGAACAAUGCGCUACUUUAAAUAUGUACGCGACCAAAGGCGAAAAGCGGCAAUAAGGCAAAGAAAACUUCAAGAAAAGGAUGCAGAAAUAGUGAGCGAAGCUCUACAAGACUCGAUGGAUGACCAAUAAAAAUUGUAUGCUUAUACAUAUUAUGAAAAGCUUGCCAUAGUUAAAAAACAUACCAAUUUGAUUUUAAACAUUAAUAUACAUACCUGAUUUUAAUUGAUAUUAUAUAGUUUUUACAAUCUGUUUUUGUAUGUCAAAUAAUGCAUAUAUAUAAUAAAUUUUGCAGUCUAGUAUUUUUAAUACACUGCAUGUAUUCUCAAAAGUGUAUGACUGAAU